CUGUGGCUGGGACCUUAAAUGAGCUGACACCAGAAGAGAAAGGCACUUUCUCUUAGGUUUAGCAGCAAGUGGCAGCAGCAGCCGAAGUGGCAAUGAGACGCUCUGUGUUCCUCGCUGUGUGGCUCGCUCUGGUGUUGAGCCUUUCGAAAGAAAGUCCUGCUCAAGAAGCUAAUAGCACAACAGUGACAUCAGACUCAAUACUUACAGCAGAAAACAAUACUUCAAAUGAAACAAUAGAGACGACAAGACCAACACCUAGAGAAAACAAUACUUCAAAUGAAACAACAGUGACGACAAAACCAACACCUUCAGAAAACAAUACUUCAAAUGAAACAGCAGUGACGACAAAACCAACACCUUCAGAAAACAAUACUUCAAAUGAAACAACAGUGACGACAAAACCAACACCUUCAGAAAACAAUACUUCAAAUGAAACAGCAGUGACGACAAAACCAACACCUUCAGAAAACAGUACUUCAAAUGAAACAACUCCGUCAGUAGAGACGACAACCCCAACACAAAAAGACUUCUGCAAAAACAAUCCUUGUGGAAAAAAUUCGGCUACAUGUAUUUCCUUACACAGCCGCCAUAUCUGUCAGUGCCAAUAUGGAUUCUACUACAACAAUGAGAAUUGUUACGGAGGGGAAGCAUUCCCAGCAACCAUUGAAGUGAACGCAAAUUACACUAAUAGUAUUCAAGAUGUAAAUUCCACGGAGUAUGAAACCAUGUUCAACAAGCUAUCAGAAUUUUUUAGCAACGCCUUUACAGGUCUAGGUGACUAUAAAGAAACUGUCAUCGUGAAAAUUCAACCUUCAAGCAAAAGCAGAAGUUCUGUUCCAGUGAAUGUAACGGUGACAAACCUGUUCACAUGGGACUCAGAUGUAGAUAACGAGACAGUUGCUGAAAAAGUAAAAGGGGCAAUAAAUAAUGAAAGCUAUGUCAGUUCUUAUGCCGUGGCAAGACGUUGUGAUUUUUAUGGAUGUGACAUUAAAACCACAGUGUGUGUCGAGGGCACAGUUCCAGAAUGCAAAUGCCUAUCUGAUUUCGAAAAGACAGUCUGGGAUGAUCUUUCUUGUUCAGCUUGCAGUAAAAACUGUUCCGCAGAAAAGCACAAGUACUGCGUAAAAGAAAAUGAGGUUCCAAGAUGCAAAUGUAUGGUUAACUUUAAAACUGUGUCUGAAGACUGUGUGCCUUGUUCAGUGGGCUACUCUGGGGAGGAAUGCACUGACAGUAGUGAACUCAUCCUUAUAAUAGUGGGCACAGUGUUGGGAGCCAUCAUCCUGAUUUUAGUGAUAGUAGUCUCUAUUGUUUCAGUCAGAGCAAAAAACAAACGAAAUCCAGAGACAAAGAGCCUGAUAAAGUCAGGGCAUUCUGAUAGGAAUACGUCUGAUGACAGACCAAGCAUGUUCCCCAGGGUCCAGACCACUUCUGGCCACACAAACCCAGGAUAUCAGCCAAACAACCCCUACGAGAUGCGUUCCAAAAAUAGGGAUCAUUUUCCAGAGAGGGAUUAUGAUGACAUGUAUGAAAUAUCACGGGAGCCCAGGGGCUUCAGGGCACAGAGCAGAUACUGAGUGACCAGAGCAGCAGAAGGAUGGAUGACCACCACAACACUGGGUCAGAGCAAAGGAUUUCACAGCCUCUCACCAAUGCAGUUACUUCAGCAGAAGAGACAACAACGUCCUUAACCCCAGAUUCUCUCAAGAUUUUCUAGAGGAAGAUUCCUGCUUGAAAGAGAUCAUGGACAAUUUUGAAACAAGAGAAAAAAUGUUAGGGUGCAGGGAGAAGAAGAGGACUUAUUUUAAAAGAACUAAUGCUCCAAUAAACAUUAGACUUCUUUAAUGAGGCCAGUACAUUGGCAAGAGAGUGAGUGUGCACAAGAUACCAGGAUUUUAACCCUGCUGGUCUUCAGUUCUGGAAGAUGGUCCAGGCAGUAUGUGCAAUGCUGAAAAACAUCAGUACCCAUAGCUUCACUUGGAUUUUUGCUCAUCUAAUUUGAACUAUGGCUUUGGGCAGAUGAAAACUGUUUUUCAUGAGAAGCUGAUCUGUUUCACUUUAAUAUGUUAGAUACAGGUUUUUCCACCUUCCUCAACCCCCCAGUAUUUCCCAUCUGAAAGCAUUCUGUUCAGAUCUCUGCUGAUACGGGUUGUAUGAGACAAUGGCACUUGUCUGACCUUUUUCACAGCUUCCUUCCCAAUAUAAAGGCAAGAUACAAUAUCUUCAAACAAACACUAUUCUUUUCAUCCUGCAAAAAUGCAUUGAUUUUACAUUUUUAGCUCCUGUGGAAAGUAUUAGCUUUUUUUUUUCUUUUGCAGUCUUUAUGUUUGAAUGAUAAUAACCUUGGUGUUUGGGGUUUCUUAACAUUUCUUACAUACAGUCAAUAAAUCUGUCUGUAAAAUAAUUUAUAUGUUACUGAAUUUUACUGAGUGUGCAUUAUCUGUUG